CGAGCAUUAUUGCUGGAAUGGAAACCCUAGUCGCUAUGUAGAUUUUUCCCUUGGAAUCUCCCUUCUUUUCCAUCUCCACCACUCCCCCCAUUCUCCUCUUCAUAGCUGCUCUUCAUCUCGUCUUCCUUCUUCUACCAGUGCUUCUAAUGGAUUUGGUUUCUCCCACUGAGCAUUUAUGCUACGUCCGUUGCACCUACUGCAACACUGUUCUUGCGGUAAUCUCUUCAGUUCACAAACAUGGAGACCAGCCCAUGAAGUUCUUAGAUACAUCUACGGAUGAAAGAAAGCCAUCGAACUUCAUCUACUAUAUGUGAUUAGUUUUAUUGUGUACACCCUUGAAGCUCAUUUCUCCUAUGAAAUUUUUAGAGUUGUAUUUAUGAAAGGUAGGGGUGCCAUGCAAACGGCUUAUGGACACAGUGACUGUGAAAUGUGGCCAUUGUAAUCAUCUCUCCUUCCUUAGCCCCAGACCCAUGAUGCAAUCCCUUUGCCCCGCUGACCACCAGAUGACAUUUCAGGGUUCCUGCAGCGACUGUAGGAGGGUUCAGCCUUCGCUACCGUCUUCAUCGACGUCAAGCGAACAAUUGAUCCCCAAAGCACCAUUUGUUGUGAAACCUCCGGAGAAGAAACACCGACUUCCUUCAGCUUACAAUCGCUUCAUGAAGGAGGAAAUACAGCGUAUAAAAUCUGCCAAACCUGACAUUCCUCAUCGAGAAGCAUUUAGCAUGGCUGCAAAGAAUUGGGCUAAGUGCGACCCACGCUGCUCGACAAGUGUUUCAACCUCUGAUAACAUUGGAGCAGUGAGAACAGUUGCCCUUCCACUUGAAAGAGAAGGCCUUACAGUGGAACGUUUUGAUGUUUUCGAGCAACUGGAGCACAAAGACUAGGUUCCUAAGCUCUUUAGAUUACCUAAUCAACACAUCAAACCUUUUGUCUUGCUUGAAUUGAUGUGUUUUAUGGUGUAUGUUUUUUGAUGGAAAUCUUCCCUAUGUUAUAUGAAACGCUGGCAUAGUAGUAUGCAGUAAUUGAUGUUAUGAGUUGGAACCCAUAUUGAUGUUU